AUGACAGCACCCUCCGUGUCCGCGAUCUCCGCCUACCGCCAACUCCUGCGCGCCACCCGUAUAGCCUUCAAAGAUGACUACAGAAUCCUCCUCGCCGCCCGCUCCGAAGCACGCAAACAAUUCAACGCUCACAAACGCACCGCCGUCGACACACCCAUGCAAAUCCAACACGCGCUUGAGACGGCAAGUAUUCUACGACACAACAUUGUCCAGGGAAUAAGGGAUGCGGAGAAGGAGGAUGCAAAAUGGGAAUUGAGGAUUCAUGAUGAAAUUGAGCGAGGGGAUAAUGAUUCUGUCAAGAUUGGGGGAAAGAAUGUUAAGAUUGAGAAGGCUUGUUCGUAA